CAGAACCCCUGAAUUUCCUAGCAAAACAUCCCCUUUCGACUGCAUAGGCUUCCCAACCUUUGAAUCAGAAGCAACUAGUGGGAAGGACUGAUUAGUAGGCAAAGUGUCAAAGACUCUGUCCAAAAGUCUGCAGUUUGUUUUUCCUCUGCUACGACCCUGCGACUCUUACUGAGGGCAAAUCUUUCGCGGACCAAGCACUUGGCGGCAUUUGAACUUUCCGUCCUACGUACGCAGCCAUUUGGACAGCGGUUUCUGCUUCUUGGAUGAGCAUCAUUUUCGAAAUGCAUCAGUUAUUUUAAAUGUUUACAAACCUUCCAUGUGUGGCUCACUUGUUUGGGGAGAAACGUCAAACCUGUUUGUGCUGUUUUGUUUACGCUUGUGUUUUGUGCUCCAGUGCCGGCUCGGAAGACAGAAUUGUCCCCAAAAAGUGUACCACAUUUUAAACUGCAUAUCGAAGUCAUGACUUCAGACUACGCUGAUUAUCGGGAUCCGAACCGGCCCGUCCAUCGCAAAGGGAUGCUGAUGAACUUUCGCACCAAACAGUACACGGAAAUUCGGCCGCAGGAUGUGUAUGGCAAAUGUCGCUACGUAUCGUCGUUCCAGAAAUGUAACCGUGUUGGCGAAGGCACAUACGGAAUCGUUUUUCGUGCCCGAGAUACAGUUUCAAAUGAAAUUGUAGCUCUCAAGAAGGUUCGCCUCGAUCAGGACAUAUUCAAGGACGGAUUUCCGAUCAGUGGGCUGCGCGAGAUUCAAAUCCUCAAAAACUGUAGCCACGAAAACAUAGUCCGGCUGAAGGAGGUCGUUGUGGGCAACAGUCUGGAGAGCAUCUUUCUCGUGAUGGAAUUCUGUGAGCAGGAUCUAGCCUCGCUGCUGGACAACAUGGAGACACCGUUCUCGGAAUCGCAGGUCAAGUGCAUCAUAAUACAGCUGCUGAAAGGUUUAGACUACCUGCACACGCGCUACAUCAUCCACCGGGAUUUGAAGGUGUCGAACCUGCUGCUCACGGACACCGGCUGCCUGAAGAUAGCGGACUUUGGGCUGGCACGCUACCUUAACAAUGCCAACAAACCGAUGACGCCGGGACUGGUGACGCUCUGGUACCGGCCACCGGAGCUGCUGUUUGGGGCCAAAAAACAAACCACCGCCGUGGACAUGUGGGCGACGGGAUGCAUUCUCGGCGAGCUGCUGAUCCACAAGCCACUGCUGCCCGGUACGAGUGAAAUUUCGCAGAUCGAGCUCAUCAUUAACCUGCUCGGCACACCGACAGCGACCAUUUGGCCCGAUUUCGACAGUUUACCGUUGGUGCAGAAUUUCACCCUCAAAGAGCAACCGUACAACAAUCUCAAGAGCAAGUUUCCUUUUCUCUCUGCGAGUGGGUACGAUCUGUUGAACAGUUUGUUCAUGUACAACCCGGCCUGCAGAGCUACUGCCGAACGGUGUCUUCUCAGCACCUACCUAAGGGAACCGCCACUGCCGUGUGACCCAAACCUGAUGCCAACAUUUCCCCAUCAUCGAGACAUGAAGAAAACAACACCCGCCAAGCAGGACGAUCCGCGCAAACCGCGCACCAGUGGACUGGCCAACAACAAGCCCACGUUCGAUGUCGGUGGUCAGGCCCCAACUAUUUCGGAUUUGCUUGGCUCACUAAUUAAGAAACGACGCUUCGAUUAAUGUGAAUUAGAAUAGAUUUCUCUUC